CAACUUGACCACUCCCACUUUAUUCACAAACACCUGUAUAACCAGAGCUGUAAAAAUACACGAUGCCGCCAAAAGCAGAUAUUAAUAAAGCUGGUUGGGAACAGAGCGAGUUUCCUAUUCUCUGUGAAACUUGUUUGGGCGACAAUGCUUUCGUUCGAAUGUCCAAACAAGAAUUUGGACGUUCAUGCGGCACCUGCGCUCGCCCCUUCACCGUCUUCCGGUGGAACCCUGGCGCAGGCAUGCGUUUCAAAACAACGGUUGUCUGUCAAACCUGCGCGAAAAUCAAGAACGUCUGCCAGACUUGUUUACUCGACUUAGAGUAUGGGCUACCAACGCAGGUUCGGGAUGCGGCGUUGGCGAUUAAGAGCGCUGCGCCGAGUAGUGAUAUUAAUAGGGAGUAUUUUGCGCAGAAUAUGGAUGGGAAGUUGGAAGGAAACAAAUCUUUGCUUGACUCCGGGAGAGCACAUUCAGCGGGGAAAGAGAUGUUGAAACAACUAGCACGGACGGAUCCUUAUUACAAACGGAAUCGACCUAAGGUAUGCUCGUUCUUCGUGAAGGGUGAUUGUAAUAGGGGAACCGAAUGCCCUUAUCGACAUGAGAUGCCAGAGGAUAACGAACUGUCAAAGCAGAAUAUGCAAGAUCGGUAUCAUGGACGGAAUGACCCUGUUGCGCGUAAGAUCUUUACAGAGCAUGCGAAGACGCAAGGACUCGAACCUCCGGAAGAUGAAUCAAUCACUUCCCUCUUCCUAUCUUCCCUCCCGCAAAACGCAACCGAACAGUCCAUCCGAACACACGUCGUCCAAACUCUCCCUCCUUCCACGAACCCGGCAACUGUGAUCCGCAGUGUAGUGUACGUCGCAAAGUCGAGAUGUGCAUUUGUGAAUUUCACGAGUCGCGCGGCGGCGGAAAGGGCAGCAGAAGUAUGGUCGAAUGGAUUGGAAAUUGAUGGUGUGAUGGUUGGAAUUAAGUGGGGAAGGAGUAGAGCUAAACCAGGUGCAUCGGACGGUGGUAGUGGUAGUGGGACUAGUACGCCUUCUGUACCUGCUGCUAGUGCUACGGCUGCGGCUUCUACUGCUUGA